CCCUAUGGCGCAGCAAGUGCUUCAUUGAGCAACAUCAGAAACUCAUGUGGUUGCUCCUGUGUUCAUUAUAAUGGCCAAAAUAUUACAGAAAUAUAUAAAGUUCUCCACCAAGGAGCUAGAACAGUAUGCCGCCAAUCCCGAUUCGUGUGUGCUGUGCGUUAAAACAGAUCUGCAUCUGUCGAUGGGCCCCUAUGGGAUGUCCAACUUCAAGCAUGCUUUGCACGAGCUUCUCAUUCGCACCAAGGUGGGCAUCUAUGAUGCCAACUUGAAUGGCAUUGUGCUUGGCAUUAAGAAUAUAAAGGUGCUCGGCCAGACCGCGGGAUUGCGUGCCGAUGAUCCGACGUUACACUUGGUAAUUAAUGCUGAUUUCUAUGUGCUACGACCCAAAGCGGGCGCAGUGCUUCAUGGCGUUGUGCGACAUAUAUCGAAGCAUCAGAUAAGCGCCAUUAUCUACAGAGUCUUCAAUACAACCAUUCGGUUUACGAAUAAGAAACAAAGUCGCGACGGCAUUGUUAUGGAUCAGGAAAUCAAGUUUCGCAUCAAGGACUUCAAUAUUGGUAAUGUGAUGCCAUACAUAGAAGGUGAACUUUUGCUGGACGAGAGCGAGGCGCAAAGCAAAACAAUCAAAUUCGAGGAUGAUGCUGAGGAGGCGGAGCAAGAAACACCUGUUGCAAAUGGCAACGACAAUGGAGCGCAUGUGGAGCUCGAUGCUCUGGUUGAGCUGAUCAAAGUAGAACCCAACUUAACGCCAGAGCCCUCACCCAAAAAGAAAAAGUCGGAGAAGCGCAAAAAAGCGCUGGAAGAAGAGGUCAACAAAGUUGUGCCACAAGUGAAAAAAUCCAAAAAAAUAAAAGUGGAACCUGUAUAGCC